GGAGAAAACGAAGAAGAAAGGGGGUGUAGCGAGCUUGCGCGACGUUCGACCUGAAUCUCCCAUCGGACGUUAAGCCAUCCAGCCAACCAGCUAGCUAACUAGUCAGCCAACCAGCCAGCCUGCCAGAACCAACCUUUCGUCUAGCCGUGUACCAAAGCUUCCGAGUCAGUCGUCGAUGAAAGACCAGUAUUUCAACCGGUGGUCCACGGAAGGAACGGAACGAUGCUGAGACGGGAAAACAUAAAAUUCGAUUGACGGUUCGAGGGGGACGAAGUGGUGCACACCUUGGAAUGCGCGUACCGAUGGUAUCGAGUACUUGGGACUGGGGAAUCUUCACUUUUCUCUUUUUCGUAUUGGCCAUCCCCAGUCCUGCUGCUAUCCGCAGAGUGGAUCGAGGACAUUGCAACAAGACAGUAGACGUGUACGAGGAUGUAUCGAGCCCGGCUGUGACGUCAGCUAAUUGGGGAAAGCCUAUACUUUGCUGGUACCGAUUUCGAAGGUUUCGUGGAAGCGGUCGAGAGUGGAUUCUGCGUGUUCGUUUCAAAAAGUUUAAAGUCGGCGUACUGGAGAAUGCUACCACCUGUUCUGGAGGUUACCUACAGAUCGUAGACGGUAACACGAAAACAGAACUGAGCAAUCAGAAGGAUCCAGGCGUGUACUGCGGGGAAUCAGAGCAACCGCAGUCGUUCAUUUCCGAAACGAAUUUCGUCCGUGUGAUCUUCCACGCGGACAACUUCACGGAUCAAACGUACUUCAGUUUCGACUCGCGUGCGGAGCAACAGUUCGACGAGUACUUGAGGUAUGGCCAACACCCGGAACUUUAUCCGAACCGAAGGGGCGAGAUCGUGCCCGGAAGUUACUGCGAGCGAAUCUUCAAAGAUUGCAAACUGCAAACGUGUUACGUGCAAAGCCCGGCCUAUCCGGGCAUAUAUCCACGCGCGUUGCACUGCAAAUACCGACUGAACACACGGCUACCUUAUAUAAAGCUCUAUAUCGAGAACAAGGAGUUCAAUAUCGACGGGCAGAGAUGCGAGAACAUAAUGACCUGCCCUAUGAGGCCAAUAAGCUCCGGCUCGGAGCACUGUCCGUACGACUACAUACGCGUUUACGACGGCAAGGACGAGACCAGUCUUGUUAUCGGUACUUUCUGCGGUAUGGGGAAAUUCCCUUACAGCAUAAUCGGUACCAGCGAGGACCUCUACGUAGAGUUCAUCUCGUCGCCAGCGGGGCCGCUUCUGAACACUGGUUUUCAUUUCAACGUCGGGAAUUGGCCCGGCCACGUGCAGACCGCCGGCGUACGGAAUGGUAACUGCGAUUGGUUGCUCAACAGCGAGUCCCUGCACACCGGUAACGAGGGAAUAUUCCUCUCGGUUGUCCAUUGGUACCCACCGCACACCAGCUGUACCUAUCUUCUCAAGGGUCGGGUCGGUGAGAUCACUAGGCUCUAUUUCCCUAGUUUCCGUGUGAAUCGUAUCGAGUCGCCGAUACAACCGUACGACGGCGACUGCGGCGAAAGUCUGACUCUCUACGACUCCGACUGGCCGGACGACGCGAAGAUUAUCAAGACGUUCUGCGACACGUUCAGCAAACCAAUGGAGAAGCACGACUUCGUCUCGAGCUCGAACGCGCUGUUCGUGAAAUUCGAGAGCAAAACAGGAAGCUACUCGGGCAGUUCCCUUUAUUACUGGGCGCACUACGAUUUCUUCAACGCGACGCGAUUCGGUGAACCGGUGACCGGCACAGAGUGCGACGAGACGUUCGCCUCGUGGAAAGCACGAUCCGGCCGGCUCCGAUCGCCGCUCAACACUCUCGUUUACAAGCGACCCGGUGACCCGCCCGCCGAUCUCUCUUGCACUUACACGUUCGUCACGGACAAGCGACUGUACGCUCGCGUGAUCCUAACCGUGAAGUCGGUCUCCUUCAAGGAACAUCCGUACGCGCAGUGCGGCCACUGCUGGAACAGUCGAGUCGACCGAAUAAUCAUUAGAGAACCGGUCGCCACGAUGAACGGUGAUUCGCACCAGAAUCAUCAGCAGCAGCGACAGCAACAACAACGCCAACAGUAUCAGCAACCACAGGAUCCCGGGAACGGUAAGGGCCACUGUAUCUGUCGGUCGCCGAUCGGCAGCGGACCGAACGGCGAAGGGAAACCGGUGAUUCGCGUGGUCUCGCAAGGGGAGAAGCUCGAGCUAAAGCUGCUGGUGGACGGCGCGCACGCCGCGACAAGCUACUUCAAACAGCCCGCGCCAUUGUUCGAGGCGAUGUACGAAUUCACUCAUAGUCCGUUGUGCGGACCCGCGAUACUGCCAGCCGCGACCGACGGCGAGAUGGAGUUCCCUCACUACGAAGCGCUCGGCUACGUAUCCCCGCCACGUUCCAUCAAAUGCAUUUGGGAAUUGCGCGUGAAUCGGGACAGGGACGUUUGGUUGCACUUCGACAAAAUAAAAUUUGCGUCGAGGUCCUGCGAGGACGGGAAACUUGAAAUCUUUUUGCCCGGCAACACGGAGCCGUUUCUUGGUAUAUGCGGCGAGAACGUGAGCUACGUGAGAGAAAUGCCGAUCAUCUCGGCGGCGCAGAUCGCUCCGGGUGCUCGUACGCCCGGUGACCGUGGUCCCAACUCGAACCACGACCCGACGCAGACUCAGACGCAUUCGCAAUCGGGAGGAUUCUCGCCGUCGCAAACCUCGUCGAUACCGAUCGAUCAGCAACAAGAAGAGACCGAGUGGCCGGCUGUGAUCGUUCAGUUCACCGGUUCGAUGGCUCCGGCGAGAGCCGCCUUUAAGAUCGCUUGGACGGAACUGUAUCAUCUACCUCGCGACGCGUCCGGUGCCCUGAACACGCAGAAACUCGAGGAGUUCUGCGGGUUCCAGUGUCCCGGCGACGCCGGUUGUAUUCCGACGAGGCUCCUCUGUAACGGAGUAGUAAAUUGCCCGAUACCGGAACCGCGGUCCGUUUUUCGAAAUACGAAUAACAGUAGCGGUUUAUUGCCGAUACCGGAAGACCCGAACGACGAGUCUAUCGAGACUUGCGGAGUGGAUGCUAUCGGUGGUCGAGGUAACGCGGCCGGGUCCGGAAAUGGCAUGGGUGGUUUGGCCAGUGUGGUUGGCUCCGCUGGCUGGGCGGGUGCUGGUCUAGUCGCCAGCCUCGCCGUUCUUCUCGGUCUUGUCUGCCUAAUCACCGUUUGUAGAAUCUGUAGGCGUCGAGCCACCCCGAGAAACAUCCACGUACCUUAUUGACACGGGCAAGGACGAAUGUGCGAGUAUAGACACGGUCGCGGACAGAGAUAUAUGGAAUUCGAAAUCGCUGUCGCAACAAUCGCAGUUUCUUUUUCCUUAUUUUGUUUCCCGGGUAAGCCUCUCCUCUCUUCUUUUGCCGUACCGAAAGAAUAUAUGCAUUUGACACUAGAACUACCGACAAUUAUAGUGUAUUUAUUUGUACCAAAGAAAUUGAAACGAUAGGUCGAAAUUGUGGCGCGCUUGCUAGAUGGAGGAAUGGUAAGCGAAGUAGCAGGAAGUAAGAAAAGAAAAGGAGUAAGGCAUCGGUAAAGUAUCCUAGCAGGGCUUACACGAGUAAAACUAAGACUAAAAUGUUAUAUAACAAAAAAUCCUUGAAUGCUUUGUUAAGAAGUUGUAAAAAAAAUGUGGACUGUGAAAGAUAUGAUAACGCUGUUUUUCUCGGUUUAAUACAGGACAAGACGAGAUACGUAUGUAGUGUCGAUAUUAAGUAACAUAAACAUGUAAAUUAGGAUACGUUCACUGUCUUUGUAAUGUUGAAGUCGUGCACUGUACCACGAAUGUAACUUUAGUUUCAUCGUGUCUUGUGAACGAAUUAGAGUGUUCAAAAUGCCAAAAGUCUAAUUGUGAGUAUAAAGAUAUUCAUUUCGAAGAGUACUACAUCGCACAGUCUUUACUAGACUUCAUCAGCAGUUGUAUGAAACACACAUUUCAUAUUUUUGUCAUGACUUCUUAACGAAGCGUUUAUGGAUCUUUUGUUAUAUAACAUCUUAGUCUUAGUUUUACUUGUAGAACACACUGCUGGAGUGUGUACGGAAAAAUGUGGAACACCUUGUUUAGGAACGGAAGGGGUCAGUCGAGCGUUCGCGAGAGCUUAGCCCUCUGGUGGCGAGUACGAGAGGUGUCGUCACGAAACGACAAUGCAACGGAAAUAAGUGUUUAUUCAUUCUCUUAUAGAAACUUCCGGUAAAUUUUAAAAAAUUCAGUCGAUUAACUUUUUGUUACAAGUUUGAUUAAAAAUUACGAAUGGAUCAUUUUGAUUGCUUUGAUAGUUCUAGUGUUAAGGUCGGCUAACGGAUGCUGCUAUAAGAUGUUUUCGAACGAACGUUAUCAAUCAGUAGCUUGCGCUCGCGUGUACGUGCCAUCGAACCGAGCAUAAACCUUUGAAAGGAAUUUUAUCGCUUCGCUCGUUUUAUCCGUGCCAUCGAGCGAGAAAGAGGAAACAAUGGCAAGUUAGGUGGAUGGCUGAUUAAGUAGGUAGAUAGCUAGAGGUAAGUACCAUAGAAGGUAUACAUAUCGAUGGUGGAGAGCCGUACCGAAGAAAUCGUAGCACGAAACGCAAUAGAAAACAGGCGAAACCACAGGUGACACAUUAAAUAAAAGGAAACUGAGCGGAAGGCGCAAAACAGCACCGAAAUGCAUAUAUCUCUUUCUCGUUACAAUAUUAGAACAAGCGAACUGCAAAAAAUACCGAGAAGCGGUGAAGAAAGUGGAAAUGAAAAGUGGGCAGCCGAAAAGUAAAUUUGCGAUCGUGGGUACGAAACAUUGACGGAUUCGAGAAGAUGUUGAGAACGUCUCCAGGCAUCUACAGUAGCGAAGAAAAGUUUAAGAUAACUACGUUCUUGAUAGGUAAUCAUUAAACUACAGAUCUUUAUGCAAAUUUUUAUUAAUAGAAUUAAUGAAAUGGGAGCUUUGCAGAGAGUUGUCUUAACCUCUAAAUGCAAUAAUUCGUAUCUUACUUGAAGUGUUUCUUAUACAUAUAUUUGCAUAUUAA